AUGACGAUUGCACACGCACACAAACUGCUCGACCAGGAACUCCUCACCGUUCCGGAAGCCCUUUUGGGUCAGCAUCAAGAUGUGCGACAGGCGUUGGUUUCGCUGGUAGGCGCCGUCGAUGGUGAGUCCGAAGCCACCGUCGCUGCUGGUGCAAUGCUCCACCCACCGAUGAACACCCUCUCUCUCCCCCUCCCCCCUCCCACCUCCCACCCCCCACCCCCCCCCCCCCCCUCCCCCCCCCCCCCCCCCCCCCCACACACACACACCCGGCUGUCUACUAGUCGUGAUUCUCGACGGCUCGACGCUGUUCUCCUCCGAGUGGUUCUCGGCCGCUCGGAGCGGCACCUCGGAACGAACACAAACGCAACGUUUCGUCGGCUCGGUUCGUGCAGAGGCGGAUCGCAUCGUCGCGGCGACGGCCGGACGAAUCCACCUCGUGAUCGUCUUCGACCACGCUUCGGCUCGUCCGGCCUUGAAGGCCCGUCGGACCCCCAUGUCGAGAGACAACGGGAACGGCGUCCGGUGCUCGCCCCAAGUCUCUCCCGACAAUUUCCAAAGGAGAAGCCCCGACCGGCACACCGACCCCAUGACCGAAUGGCUCACCAAUUUCGGCGGUCAAGGCGAGCCGACCUUAGCGGGACACGUCUUCGACAUGUCCUCGGAGGUCACCGUCAUCAUCUCGGCGCACGAAGCGGACCCCCUGAUUGCGGCAAGCACCCGAGUCGGCGUCAUCGGCGGCGUACGUGUUCAAGGCGAACGUGCCGCCCUCGCCAGCAGAGAUUCGGACUACUUCAUGAUGAUCCCAAGUGAGCGUGCGAGAUACCGGAUCAUUCCAUCGGUAAAGCAUCGCGUGGUUAGAGUCAUCGACCUCGAAAUCCUGGAGGGUCAGGGAAAGUUCCCGGGUGCGGAAGGAAGGUUCGUUGCGGGGUUGAUGAUGAGAUGCGACUACCUUCCAACCGGUAUCGAAGGUUACGGUCCGGCCAAGCUCGAAAAGUUGGAUCGGUCAGUCUUUCAACUCGCGACUUGGACCCAAGGUUACGAACACGCCACGGCGGUCUUGCAUCGAGUCGGCGCCAAAUUUGACGUUCGCGCCGUAUGCGAUGCAAUCACUCCCAUCCGAACACUGUACGACUUCUAUCGGUGCGACUUGGUCUCGAAGCCACCGAGCGCCCCGCGAGCCAUCGAACAUUCCCCCCGGGUCCUCUUCCCCGACACUUCGUUCGAUGGGGGCUCGGACGAACACCUGCGUCGCCAGUCCGCGCCCGCGCUGCGGCCGUUCCGUGCAACCCCGCUCUUGCAAGGGCGCCAAGGCCACGGAUCAGAGAAGGGUCCCCUCCAGCCUCUCGCAGUGAUUCGCGAUCAAAGGACACGACACGAGGCCGCGGCCGUUCGGCGACUCGAGGCCGUGCAGCCUGGGAGAUGUGCGUCGACCCGCCAGAUUGCGACCAAGGGCGCCGUCAGGGCGGAUGGCUUUCACCUUUUGACCCCCGAGCGCCCGAUCGUCGAGUCCGUAUCGGAAGGCUCCAAUAAGGCGAAGAAGAAGAUCACGACCCCAGCCCCGCCCAGGGUCAAGGCAAUGUCUGCGAAACAGGGGCGGCGGGCACACGCGAUCGCCUCGGGCCAAUCUGCUACUACGUCUACCGGCGACUCGGACAGCUCAAAGGGCGCCGGGGCUCUGGCCCAGGUGUACAGGAUGUUCACGAUGUCGGGUGCACUGGAAGAUCUCGUGAGGGAGGUGGACGGUGGAGGCCCUGGCCCUGUGGAAGAUUCCAAGAAGCGGCGGCGAAAGGCCAAACAAACGAGGCGCCGGCACAAACAGGGUCGGAAGGCGACAAAUCCGUCGACGAGCUCGGGAACGUCGCACUCGCCCGAGACGGCCAGCGACGCCAUGUCGAUCGGUUGA